UACUUCUCUUCUUUUCCUCUCAUUGUUCUCUCUGUCUUCCAUCUUCACUUCUGCUGGAAAUUCAAGCUGAGAAAGCCAAACAGAUUCGUUCAACUUCAACAUGAGUCUACUUGGUAUUCUCAAGUUUGUGCUGAAUUUCCUUGACGUUCUUGCAUGGCCUCUCUUUGCUUUGGGGUAUCCUCUAUGUGCUUCGAUCCGGGCAAUUGAGAGUAAUUCAAAUUCAGACACUCAGAAAUUGGUCACAUAUUGGAUUUCCUUCUCUUUGGUUUCACUCUUUGAGCAUUCUUUCGUGAACCUCCUUGAAUGGAUACAGAUCUGGCCUCACAUUAAGUUAAUGAUCAUCUUCUCGCUGGUUAUACCUUACUUUGAUGGUGCUUUUUACGUCUAUAAUCACCUCGUUCGUCCAUACCUCUUACUCAACCCACAAGUUAUUGUUGAUGAAUUCAAUAAGUGGAUGGUUCUCCUAUGCAAGAGAGAUCACUUUCUAGCUGAGGCAGAGAGAUAUAUCAAAGGGAAUGGACCUGAAGCUCUCGAGAAACUUAUUGAUAAAGAGUUUGAGACCAAAAAGCCUAAUGUUGAAGUGGAAGGGAUCAAAGCUAUUGCAGCUACAGAGAAAAAAGAAGUGGAGUGGUCACACAGUAAAGAACCUGAUAUUGUGCAGAAAGAUAAUAAAGCUGUGGAAGUAAUAGAGAAGAAGGAAGUGCCUGCAGUCAAGCGAAUGGUUGUAGCAGAGCCUAGCCUGGAUGAGACUGAUAACAGAACAUCAGCCACUAUGGAGAUUAAAGGACCAGAUGUGGCAGUUGCAGCAGCCAGAGAAGUUCCUGAUAUACACGUUGCUAAGGAAGUCCAGAAAGAGUGGACUUGUGCUAUAUGUCAGGUAACCACUCCAACCGAAAAAAUCUUGAAUAUGCACCUUCAAGGGAAGAAACACAAGGCUUCUUAUGAGGCACUGAAAGCAAAGAACCAGCCAAACUUUGGAUUGAAACCGAAGAUUAUCCCUACUGAGGAGGAAAAAACACAGGGCCGGCGAAAGAAGGUGAAGAAAGAAGCUAUUGACGUGAAGAAAAUUACUUUCAAGUGCAACGUUUGUAAUGUAUGCUGCAGUGGAAAGGGUAACUUAGCUUCUCACUUAAAAGGGAAAAGGCACUUGGCUCAGGUUCAAGUUAUUAAUGGAUGUGGUGAAAAAGCUCCUGGCUCAGGUUCAAGUUAUUAAUCAAUGUGAUGAUGGUUAGACAGUCUGACCUAUGUUGGUGAUUCAUAUCACCUGAUAGAGAAAAGUUAUUGUGGUUGUUGCAGUAAAUAUGAUGAAUAUGAAAAAUACUGGAUUGAAAAUCUGAGGUGUGUGUUUGUUUUUUUCUUGAAUUUUAGUUGAUUGUAUACAGUUUGUUUUGGAUUAUGUUGAAUUGAUGUAUUUGCACCAGCUUACCAAAUACCAGAUGUGAAAUGCCAGUGAAAUAGGAUUUCAACUUGAA